UGGCGAGGCUGAAGAGAGAAAAACACUCGUUUGGGGUAUUUUGAAAAUCGUUUGGCGCGGCGCGGAGCUGAGAGAGAGCCUGCGGGAGCGGAGCAGCGGAGCAGCGGGUACACCCGGCCGGGCUAGCGCGGGCUUUUACUGUAUAUGAGGCAUUUUAAGCGCUGGAAGUGGCCGAAUGAGAGACUCAACGGUCGUAACCAGUCCGAUCUCCCAUCGCAAGUCUCCGUCCCAUCGCCAAGACGAGUCUCCCGUGUCCUUGUCCAAACUCUCGCUCAGAAAUGGGCAGGGCGACACGGAGAAGCUCGCAAAUAAGUUUGAGGAGGGCCAGGAUGUUCUAGCUCGCUGGUCCGAUGGCUUGUUUUACCUGGGGACAAUCACGAAGAUAAACAAACAGAAGCAUUGCUGUUUUGUGGUUUUUGAAGACCAGUCGAAAUCUUGGGUUCUUUGGAAGGACAUUCAGACAGGAGACAGUGGAGAGGAGAUGCUCUGCACCAUAUGCCAGAAUGAAAGCUCAGAACCGCCCAACGAAAUAGUCAUCUGUGACAAGUGUGGACAAGGAUACCACCAGCUGUGCCACGCGCCCGUCAUCGACGCGAGCGUCAUCGCGUCUGACGAUAAAUGGCUCUGCCGAGAGUGUGUUUUUGCCACAACCACAAAGAGAGGUGGCGCGCUGAAAAAAGGGCCGAACGCCAAAGCGCUGCAGGAGAUGAAGCAGUCGCUGCCGUAUUCCCUGGAGGAGCUGCUGUGGGACCAAGGCCAUAAAACCAACAUCCAGCAGUGCUACUGUUACUGCGGAGGGCCUGGAGAGUGGUAUCUGAAAAUGCUGCAGUGUAACCGGUGUAGGCAGUGGUUUCAUGAAGCAUGCAUCCAGUGCUUACAGCGGCCCAUGCUCAACGGAGACAGGUUUUAUCAGUUUAUUUGUUCAGUUUGCAGUAGUGGACCAGAGUACCUCAAACGCCUGCCUUUAAGAUGGGUAGACGUUGCACACCUCAGCCUCUACAAUCUGAGCGUUAUUCACAAAAAAAAAUAUUUUGACUCCGAACUCGAGCUUAUGGCUUUUAUUAACGAGAACUGGGACAGGCUUCAGCUCGGGGAGCUCGCGGACACCCCCAGAUCAGAGCGGUAUGAACGAAUCCUGGAAGCACUUAAUAGCAACCCGACCAUGUUCAUGUCUGGGAAGGAGAUCAAGAAGAAGAAACACCUGUUCGGGUUACGGAUCCGCUUCCCUCCGGGCCCCCAGAACUCUGAGCUGCCGUCGGACUGGGAGCAGGAACAAGCCUCGCACGAAAUUAAGAUUAAAGGCAGGAAGUCCAUGAAGCCGCCUUAUCUCCACAGUGCGGUCACCAACGGAGUGGCGAAGAAGGGGAAGAGGAAGCAUCGCUCAUACUCGUUAGAGACGCUGGCCAAGCUGAGACGAUCAGAGGAGCUUCUGGCACAGAAUCACCUGAAGUUCCCGACUGCAGAGAACAACUCCCUGGGCGUGACAGCGUCUAAGAGCAUCAAAUCCGAAAAGUCAGCGCCGUCAUCGAGUACCUCAGACGCCGACUCUGUCAGUGCCACCACUAUGAGCGAAACUACCUCAACCAGCGUAUCCAGUCUCAGCAGCUCCAGCAGGACAGCGGUGCCUCCGCCCCCGGUGAAAAGAGGGCGUGGACGUCCGAGACGAGCGCUGCAGCCGCCCAACCCCGAGAUUCCUCCUCUCCCUCUUCCCCCGCUGCAGGCCGAGCUUACGCCCGCUCCGGUUGCCGCGCUCAUGCCGUCUCCGACGCCGCUCUCCCGCUUCCCUCCCGCCUCCAUCACGCAGGGCCUGGACUCGAGCGCUCAGCUCAGCCUCCUCAGGAGCUCCAUCAGCAGCUACUUCGGCGCCGCCGGGCGUAUGGCGUGCGGUGAGAAGUACCGCGUCCUGGCGCGUCGCGUAACCGAAGACGGCAAAGUGCAGUACCUGGUGGAGUGGGAGGGCGUCACCGCCUCCUGAACUUCCACACAAAUAGAAAAACACGCGCGCACACACACACACACACACACACACACACACACACACACACACACAUAUGUCAGCACUGUGCUGUUUGGUAUGGAGAGAUGAGAAGUGUUAGUUAUGUGCAGAAUGUAAGUCCAGAGGGAGGGUGUGAUAAUCUCCAGAGCUCACUGAACACACACACACACACACACACACACACACACAUAAUGUGCCAUUCAGUUUCACACUCUUCAGCUCUUUUUGCUAGUCGCUCUGGUGGUUGGAUUGAAAGAAAAACAGAUAGAGAGAAUGAUUAAACUGUGCCUCUUUAACUUUACAUUUCUUUAAAAUAUGAAAGAAGAAAAAGAAAGAAAAAAAAAACCUGCCUUGUAAAUGUUUGAUGUCACACACAGGGGGCGCACAUCACACUUCAGAUUCCCCCAGAAUCAGUGCAGUAUUCCGACACUGUUCCACAUAGCGCGUGUUCGUCUCGCGCGGGGGCGUGGCCUGUUUAACUCGAGGAACAGUUACAGUUACACAUAAACCUUAAGUUUACGCAUAAUGGCCUCGGCCUCAUAUGAGCUUCGACUUCGGGUAGCUUUAACAAAUCGGACUGGCGGUAUGUUGUUCUACGCCCUCGGGGAUCUGCUCUACUUCUUCCUUUCAAGCGUUUCAUUUUCUUAGUGAUCUAUACGGGAUUAAAAAAAAAACACGAGGUCGGAUACAACAAACGAAGUUCUUCCACUUAGUAAAGAGGAACGGAUUUUUACGUUAAAAUUUAGAGACGGGGUGGAAAGAAAGAAAAAAAAAAAAAAAAAACUUGUGGUGGCACGGUGGCCAUGUGGGUAACACUGUGACCUCGCAUCUUCCAGGGUCAAGGGUUAGAUUCCCACACGGUUUCCUCCCACAUUCCAAAGACGCGCAGAAUGGACUAAUCGGCGUUCCCAACUUGCCCGUAGUGAGUGUUUUUGUGCCUUGCGAUUGAUUGGCAACCCUCUCCAGAGUGUACGCUGCCUCGUUCUCCAAGUCUCCUGGGUUAGACUCCAGGCCCCCCCACAACCCCAUACAGGAAAAUGUAGUAUAGAUGAUGAACAGGAAUGAAAAACACAUUAGAAUCAGACAUGACCGAUCUGAGGAGACUUUCUGAAUUUUUACAAACAAGUAUUUUUCGAAAACAACGCAUGAGAAAGUAGCGGAAAUCGAGGAGGGUGUGUGUAAACUUUAAACAUGUUCUUUAGUGCCAAAAUGUCUCCAUAGACAUCUCGGCUCCUGAUGUGCUGGCGUCACCUAAAAAAAAAACAAUCAAUCAAACAAAAAAACAAAACAAAAAUAAUCCAAUGCUGUAUGCUGCUGCAGAUUUGAGGUAUUUUUUUGAGCUUUUAUACGUUUUUAAGAAAAUUAUUUUGUUUUUCUUUUUUUUUUUACUUCAGUAGGGCACUUGUUUCUUCUUUCUUUCUUAAAACAUGAAUAAAAUUAUUUUUUUUUCUAAACUAAACUUCGAUUGCACGUCCGUUUAUCGUCCAGGUUGCGUUUGGACAGGUUAAAGUUGAGAUGUUGACAUUAUUAGCAUUAAAUCUUUUUAUUUGUAUUUUUUGUGGCGGGGAGGGGAUGGCGGGGAAAAGCCUUGGUUACUGCGAUCAGAGAUUUUUUUUUUUUUUUAGUUUUACACGUCAGCCUCAGACUAAUCUUCCUUCAUGUUGCAUACAGAGUCGUUUAUUUCCGGGAUGCUAAGUUAAACCUAACUUUAGAGAAUUUCCGUUCCAUGUAAAGUAUGCACACUGACAAGUAAAAAAAUAUUGUUUUUUCCUAGUUUCUCGUGCCAUUUUGUUUUCGUCCUAUGCAACUUGAUGUUUUAAAAUAUUUCUUUCUUUUUUUUUAUCUGUUUGUCCACUUCAGGAAACAAAAGCGCAAUAUUUUUUUUACAACUCUCAGGCUUUUUUUUAUUAUUAUUAUUUCCUUUUUGUAGUUUUAAGGUCUUGUGCUGUGUAUUAUUGCAUCUUUUGGGGUGGGGGUGGGGGGCAGAUGGAAUAUAAUAAAAACCCUGUAAGAUGUGUUAAAGGAAAACUCCACCCCGAUCGACCCACAUGUCAAUCUUUAAAGUUAACACGUGAGCUUUGUGUCAUAAUAAGACUUUAUCUUUUCUCCAUUCCCCACAUUCGUGUGCUGUGCAGGUGCAGUUUUUCACCCGCGUGCACACACUCACCUCCUCGUCUUCACUCUCUGUUCGAACAGAUCCGCUUUCAAAUUUUUGCUAAUAAAUUGUGGAAAUUCGUUUGAUUCCUGCGUUUGCACCGCCGCCUCCGCUCCUACACCAUUAGCAACGUCGCUCACUCGAGUGACGUAAGAAGUGCGUACUCUUUUCUUCUUUAAACAUCACUGUACCUGCGCUAGCAAUAAAAACACAGUGACAUCAGUGCCACACACAGCCUCUGCUAACGAACACACACCAACCAAUCAGCAGCAAUCAUCACUAAACUCAUUAUAAAUAUUACAGUUUAAACAUCAACGUGGAGUUUUUCUUUAUUAAAUGUGCCACGCCCAGUAGGAGUCCUUGGUUAUUUUGAGGACCCCCUGGGGGCCCCUGGUUUGUUUUUCGUUAAGCAUUAAUGGCUAAAAUUCUGAGACCUUGUUCUGUUCAGUUUGGACUGUAAUUUUGUUUCGAUCAUGAAUGCCCUGCGUUUUUUUUGGUUUUUUUUUUUUUACUUAAAUUUUUUUUUUUUAUAAAGUGUUAUUGAGCCACUAGUCUCUGAGCGCUGACUGUACCGCCGCAGGUUUUUGGUCUAAGGCAAGGUUUUUAAUUAUUGUUUUUCUCAAUCUCAACACUGAUACCUCUUUAAUUUCAGUAUAUGAUGUGUAUGAAAUGUUUCUUACUUGGUGUACCAGUACUACAUCCAUGCAGCUUCGCUUUGAUUUUUUUUUUUUUUUUUUUUUUUACUGGCUUUGAGCAGGCUUCUGUAGCCAAAGAAU